GUGGCGGGGCCAUGCGCGACGGGAGCCGGCGGGGGCGGCGGGGCCAUGGGGGCGAUGGGGCCGCGGCUGCUGCUGGCCGCGGGGCUGCUGCUCGCCGCUGGCACCGGCAGCACUGCAGGUGACAGCUCGCAGCAGCAGCAGCAGCACAGUGAGGAAUUAGGACACUCCUGGUCAGUGACCCCGUGGGUGCUGUGGGAUAACCGGACACUCAGCUUGGCAGAAGCCACCCAGGGGGGGUUCCCCGCCCGUCUGACAGUCCUGCUGGAGCUGGAGGGGGUGCGGCUGCUGCUGGAGCUGGAGCAAAACUGGGAGCUGGUGCAGGGCACUGGGGCACUGCUCUAUUACCUGCCCGAUGGCACGCGGGCGAUCCAGGAGCCCAGAGAGCAGGAGCACUGCUGCUACCAGGGGACAGUGCAGGGCUUCCCUGGCUCCUGGGCCAACCUCUGUGCCUGCGCUGGACUCAGUGGCCGCCUCUGGCUGUCAGACACCAGGAGCUACACACUGGAGCCAGACACCAGCAGUCCCGCAGGGCAGCACGGGGCAUCCCACCUUCAGCUGGAGCCACAGAGCUGCAGGCAGGGCCCCCACCCUGAGGCAGAGGCAACAGAGCCCCCCUGGCCACAGAGGGGCAAGCGGGCAGCGGCAGAGCAGCGCUUUGUGGAGCUGGUGAUGGUGGUGGACCACGCUGCGGUGAAAUUACCCCCAAACCUACAACGUGUUCACACCCGGACCCUGGAAAUCGCCAACCAGGUGGAUGUGUUCUUCCGCCCGCUGGGAGUGCGGGUGGCCCUGCUGGCGGUGGAGGUCUGGAGCGAGGGUGACAAGAUCGCGGUGGGCGGCAGCGCCCGGGCCGUGCUGGAGCGGUUCCUGCGCUGGCGCCGGGAGGAGCUGCUGCCCCGGCUGCCCCACGACAAUGCCCAGCUCCUGACGGGUGCCCACUUUGAUGAUGUGUCCGUGGGGAUGUCGACUCAAGCCUCCGUGUGUUCCCCCACGCGCUCUGGGGGGGUCAGCAUGGACCACUCUGUCAGUGUCCUCGUCGUGGCCUCCACUGUGGCCCAUCAGCUGGGGCACAACCUGGGCAUGCGCCACGACAGCGCCGGGCGCCUCUGCGACUGCGGCGACCUCCGGCACGACCGCGGCUGCAUCAUGGCACCACCCACGGGGUUGACACCUGGCUUGAGCUUCAGCAACUGCAGCCGGCAGGACCUGGAGCGCAGCCUGCAGCAGGGCCAGGGCUGGUGCCUCUCCAAUGUCCCCGAGCCCCAGCUCCUGACCGGGAGCCCCACCUGCGGGAACCACUUCGUAGAGCUGGGCGAGGAGUGCGACUGCGGCCUCAGCGUGGAGUGCACCGAUCCUUGCUGCAACAGCAGCUCCUGCCAGCUGAUGCCAGGAGCUGCGUGUGCCACCGAGGACGCCUGCUGUGAGGACUGCCAGCUGCGCCGUGCUGGCCACGUGUGUCGGGAGCCGCUGGGCGAGUGUGACCUGCCCGAGUUCUGUGACGGGCUCUCACCACGCUGCCCCCCUGACACAUUCCUGCAGGACGGGCAGCCCUGUGCCGGCGGGCGGGCACGCUGCUACAGUGGGGCCUGUGCCACCUACGAGGGGCAGUGCCAGCAGCUGCUGGGGCCAGGUGCCAGUCCUGUCUCCAGCUCCUGCAUGGCUGCCCUGAACACAAGAGGAGAUGAACGUGGGCACUGCGGGCAGCUCCCCAACGGCUCCUAUGUCACUUGCACACAGCAGGACACCAGGUGUGGGAUGCUGCAGUGCCAGCGCAGCAGCUCCCGUGGGGACAGCCCAGAAGGAUCCUGCCAGGGGAUCACCCUGCCUGGGGAUGAGGAUGUGACCGAUGCAGCCAUGGUGCUGCCUGGCACCACCUGUGGCCCUGGGAAGAUGUGCCUCCAGCACCGGUGCCAGGACAUCUCCGUGCUGGGUGACCAGCAGUGCCAGAACAAAUGCCAUGGGCACGGGGUGUGCAACAACCACGGGCACUGCCACUGUGAGCGGGGCUGGGCCCCCCCAAGCUGUGACAGCCCUGGAGUGGGGGGCAGCCAGGACAGCGGCCCUGCCGGCCUUGAACGAGGGGGAAGCGCCCUGCCCACGGCCCUGCUGCUGAGCGCGCUGCUGGGGCUGGCGCUGGCACUGGGGCUGUGCCGAGCCCGCCGUGCCGGCCUGCACAAGCACCUCUGCCAGCUUGGAAAGGGCACCUCCUGCCAGUACAGUGCUGAGACCCGGGUGCGGUUCCUGGGUCCCGGAGCCGCAGACGGCUGGAGCGGGAUCUCACAGCCAGAGCCCCCGUCGGGCAGCAGCCAAGGGCCCCCUGCGCGUCCCCGGCCCCCGCAGUGGCGGCAGGCCACGGAGCUGCAGGUCAUGCAUGGCAGCAAGCCGGCUGCCCUCGGCUCAGCCCGGCCUGAUCCGCCCUCCCGGCCUCUCCCGCCGGACCCUGUGCCCAAGGCCCCCCCCUCGGACAGGCCGCCCCCCCCCACACGCCCGCUGCCCGCAGACCCUGUGCUGCUGAGCGCUCAGCCCCCAGGUCCAGCCAAGCCCCCUCCACCGCAGCGGCCGCUGCCCUCAGACCCCCCGGGCCCUUCGCUGGCCCGCAGUGAGACCCCCCCUGGGCACGCCUAUGUCACCGUGAUUCCUGCCAGGCCCGCCCCGGCCCCGCCAGAGGCCUGAGCCGCGGGCAGGGAAUGCGCAGCGCUGGAUCCGCGGGGAAGGCCGAACCCCGCUGGGCUCCGCCGCCCCCUUUUUCUCCCGCCACGUCAAUAAAGGGGCUGUGAGCGCC